AUGCGUCAGAAACCUGAGGUUGAGGAAUCGAAGAUCGAGAGAUCUAAGGAGUCAAAGAGACCCGAGGUCUCGAUGAGGUCUGAGGUCUCAGUCAGAUCUGGGGGCUCAGUGGUGUCGAAAAGGCCCGAAAAGCGAGGGAAGCCAUCUAAACCUAUGGAAGGAGAGGUACCUGAGGACUCCGAUACAGAGAAAAGCGAAUCUGAGAAGUCGGAGCCAGAUGAGUUGGAGCGGGUGAAAUCGGUGUCUGAUAUUCCAAAGUCUGAGAAGUCAGAGUCUCCGGGGUCAGAGUCCGAAGUUGACACAGAGUAG